GCUAGGCCUCUUGCGGCCCCUCCCUCCCUCCCAGCUUUGCGGUGUCAGCGCCAGAGUCCUGCGAGAAAGGAGACCUGGGCCGAUUCGCGGCACCCCCGGCUCCUGGCGCGCACGGUGUCGCUCGCUUUCGCCCCCGCUGCCCCAGGCAGGGUCCUGGCCUCCCCCACGUAAUCCCACCGGGAGCUCCUCAAGCGAGCAGCCUUGUCUCCGUGCGCCUGCCCAGCGUGGCCUGAGGGCAGCUGCCGGGUGCUACAGCAGCACGAGACGAGCCGUUCCAUCGAUCGUUGAGCAGGAGGGGACAGCCGAGGCCAUCGAGCCCGGCUGGUGCCGGUGCCUCCUCUGAUUUCAGGUGCUCUCAUCGCCGCAACGUUGCUGUCUGCAAACGUACAUCUGGGGCACGUGUCUCCACAGCCUCUUCCGUGGGGACAGCUGGGGCAUGCCUGGAUCCUCCUUAACUGCUCCCUUUACCCACGGGCAGGCCAGCAGUAUCAAAGAAGGGGGGAGCUGGAAGGGUUGCACAGAGAUCACCUCCAGUCUGACCCCCGCCUGAGGCAGGAUCCGCCCCACGCGGACCAGCCCAGACACCCCGUGUCUGACUUCAGAGCCACGCGACAACACGGUCACUCCUGACAGCCCCAGGCAUCGCCCCUGCCCCGGGAAAGCAGGGGGUGCUGCAGCCACCAGCGUCCUGCGUCUGUUAAAAGUGAAUGUACGGUCUUCUUCGGCAGUCCCUUGCAGUGGAGGAUGAUAGUGUUCCGUGAUUUUCGUAUCUGUGGGUCUGAAGAUGGCUGACGAGGCCAAUCCAGGUUUGACAGACCUGCAGUGCUUAUGCUGCAUGCUCAAGAGACCCCAGGCAGAGGCCGUGUCCUGCCUGCAGAGGAAGGCAAACACCCCCCACCCCAAACCGAUCUGACCGGAGCAGGGGAGCGAGGAAUCCCUUCUUGCCCCUAGCACAGCAUCAGCCUGAGCCUGAGCACAGGGGCAAGAUCCUCCAGCCAGGACUCUGCAAGGUUGGUGCCAGCAGGAGCUGCUGGGAAAGGGGGAAUAGACCCCUCACAUGGCAGCCAGCAAAGCCCAAAAGCCUGGGAAACACCAGACACCUCAGCUCCGCCUUGCAGCCAGGGGACAGCCAGCAGGAUCCAUCCAUUGCCCCCUCUUGCUGCACUGCCAGAGCUCCCCCUCGACGAACCUACCCCAGCUGCUUUCUUCUCCUAACUGAGCUGGGUGUGGAGCUCUGCUUCCACCUGCUAUCACAGGCAAGGUCCUCUGCAGCACCCACCUGCCGCAUGCUGGGAGAUAAAGAGCUCCACAGCCAUCUGCAUGUUUGGAGGGCACCCCUAGGCUUCAGAGGAGGCCUUCCUCCCAAAUGAGCAGAUUGCUGCCAAGUUGGAACAAGCAGCAACAGCUCUGAGGCCUGUGAAGGAGCCAGUAGCUGCUGAAACAGGUGGGUGCAGGGAGCCACUCAGAGGGACAGAGGCAACACUGAGGGGGUGAACGGCUGGUUUACAUCUGCCUAAACCGCUGAGGCUGUUGGGAACGUCCCCGCCCUGGACAUGCUCUUCCUGGAAGCACUGAGUGGGAGAAGCACUGCUGGAGCAAAGGGAUCACAUAGGAGGGAGCUCAGGGCCCAGAGGGUCCAUCCAGGAGCUCUGGAGGGGCUGGGCGGGUGAGGAGCAGCUACCCAGGCACCCAUGGCUGCUCCACCGGGCUGGACAGCAGCGAGCCUCACACCUGCGUUUAACCAAGGCCUGAGGGGGCCCGGCGCAACCACUGCAAACAGGCUAGCAGAAGGCUCGGUGGGACCCAGCCCCGGGUUGGGCCCUGCUGGUUUCUGGGCACGCUUCCUGGUGAACAGGGGGAAGGGAAGGGGCUGACGUACAGUCGACUCAGGCCCACGUCCUCAGGAGGUGAGAGGCAGCAUCUGCCACUCUGAGCCCCAAGCCCAUAUGAAGUGACCCACAGUGGGGCCCUGGGCCCUGCACCUGGUUCCGGGGCAUUUGAGGAUGGGGAAGGAGCGUGAGCCGGGGCAGCAACUGCUGCAGAACAGAUAAGGAGCCCUGCUGCCAGCCUCCGGGCCUCACACGACCUGUAUCAAGCUGGGGAAGAGACCUGGCAUCAGCCGACAGUGAACUGUGCCAGUGCAGUUACAAACCCUAAUGAAGGGAACUUGUUUGCCCGUGUGUUUAGGGCGUGUGAGUGGACGGAGAAAACCAGGGAGCAGGUUCUAGGCACUUUGUUUCUCAUGGUGGUGCAGGUUCAUCUGGGCACAGGAGCAGCGCUUGGGACCUGUAUCCCACGGGGAAGAGCAGCAGCUGGGGUUGGAGAAUGAGCAGGGCCGUGGACAGUCUGCCAUGCAGACACGGAGGAGUCGGACUGCAGCGUGGGGCAGGGCGGGGAGCACUGCGCUGCCUGCACGGACAACCCGUGGCCGGGACCUGACGCUGCAGGAGAUGCACAGGAAAGCAUCUUGUCUCACCGCAUCGAGGGAGAGCUGCGGGGCUGUGGCUGGCGGUCACCACAGAAAGCACUGGUGAGCUUCAGGCCCAGCAGCAAGCGCAUGGAGUCCUCUGAGGGACGUUAUCAGUGAUGCCUCUGCUCUGACGACAGCUCUGAAAGCGGCCCGAUGCUGAGGAUGGAGCUGAUGCUGCCCUAAGGGAUGUCGGAGCAGAGCCCCAGAUAGGAGCCUGGCUCUGGGCAUGGGGGCAGUGCCGGGGGUGGGCUCUGUCUGUCUCUGGGCCCCCCCCCGGCCUGGCAGCAGCUGGCUCCUGCCCUGACCUGCCUGUGCCCAUGCCAGCAUGAAGCAGCCCAAACAGCCCCCGCGGCCCUUCCGCAUCCUGGGCCUUUUUGGGCGGCAGCCACGGGCCCCCAGGGAGGUGCUGGUGCCUGAGCCCACCCCUGGAGGCCCAGCAGAGACACGGGUGACGGUGCCGCCUGGCAAGGAGCGGGGACUGGUGGAGUGCCCGCUAUGCCUGCUGCCCCAGCCCCCAGACGCCUUCCCCACCCUGAGCACCUGCACGCACCGCUCCUGCCGCACCUGCCUGGAGACCUACCUGCGCAUCGAGGUGGGUGAGCGCCGCGUGCCUGUGGCCUGUCCCCACUGCCCCGCGGCCCUGCUGCCCACCGAGGUGUGCCAGCUGCUGCCCGAGCCCGCCCUGCGCAACAAGUACGAGGAGCAUCUGCUGCGGCGCCUGCUGGCCGCUGACCCCGGCACCCGUUGGUGCCCUGCACCUGACUGCAGCUAUGCGGUGAUCGCCUAUGGCUGCGACGACUGCCCCCGGCUGACUUGUGGGCGCGAAGGCUGCGGCACCGAGUUCUGCUACCACUGCCGGCAGCCCUGGCACCCCGGUGCUGCCUGUGCCCCUGUCCCCGGCACCACCGACCCUGGCACCUUGCUGAUCCACCCGGAGGAGGCGGCGCAUGAUGCAGGAGUUAUCAAGGUUUGCCCCCGCUGUGGCGCCUUUAUCAUGAAGAUCAACGACGGGAGCUGCAACCGCAUGAGCUGCACCAUGUGUGGCUGCCUCUUCUGCUGGCUCUGCCUGCGCGAGGUCACCGACGUGCAUUUCCUCAGAGCUGGACGGACGCGGUGCCUCACCCCCUCCAGCCCAUCUGGCUGCACCUUCUGGGGCAAGCGGCCCUGGUCGCGCACACGAAAGCUGCUGUGGCAGCUGGGUAUGGUGCUGGGUGCGCCCAUGGUCAUCUCGCUCAUCGCUGGCAUUGCCGUGCCCGUCAUCACCAUUGGUCUCCCCGUCUACAUGGGUCGCAAGGUAUUGGGGCGCAGCCGGAAGAGCAACCUGUCAGGGUGCCAGCGGUGCUUGUCGGUCAGCAGCAGCGUGCUCCUGUCCCUCGUUGUCUCCCCCAUCAUCACCGCCGUCACCGUGGGGGUCGGAGUGCCCCUGCUGCUCACCUACGUCUACGGCGUGGUGGUGCUGUCACUAUGCCGCAACCGCUGGGGCUGCGCAGACGGCAGCGGGAAGCCUGGGGACCCCGGCAUGGUGGAGCUGGAGAACCUCGCCAAACUGAACGAGCUCUGGGCCGUGCUGCCCAACCCACGGGCGGCUGAGGAUGUGACCCCCGACACAGCCUCCUCCCUGCCCAGCAGCAGCAGCCGCCGCCGCAGCCAGCGCCACCAGGCCGGCUGCAAGGACCAAGACAUCCAGUCUGCGAGCACCACGGCCCUGGCUGGCAGCAUCCUCAGCGAGGGCCAGGACGCAUCCUACAGGGAAGGCGUGAACUUCGAGGUGGAAGUGGCGAUCGAGGCAGAGCCACGGGCCGGGCAAGAGCAGAGCCUGUGCAGUGCGCCCUCAGGGCACAGCCUCUCCGGGGACUCUCUGGGCUGUGCCAGUGAUGCCUGCAGCACGCCUGGGGCCCUGGGCGAGUGACCGGGGCUGGCAGAGCCGAGCCCCACGCUGAGAAUGGAGCGGCGCCGGGGACGCUCCACUGGGCCCGUGGCUGCACCUUGCUCGACCCCUCCACGGGCCGGCUGCGAACUCUGAUGCUUGCAGGCAAUAAAGCAGUAGCCGAAGCAGCCGGUGUCUGCGC